CGUCGUCAUGGUCGUCGUCGCCGUUGCCAUCGUCGUCGUUGUUGUGGUGGAUGGUGUUGGUGGUGGUGUUGGUGGUGGUGGUGUUGGUGGUGGUGUUGGUGGUGGUGUUGGUGGUGGUGGUGGUGGUGGUAGUGGUGGUGGUGUUGGUGGUGUUGGUGUUGGCGUUGGCGUUGGCGUUGGCGUUGGCGUUGUUGGUGUUGGUGUUGGUGUUGGUGUUGGUGUUGGUGGUGUAAAGGUCACGUGGACGCGGCAGGAGGAUCACCGCCAGUGGGCUGAGUACCUUGAGCUGCUUAUCAUCCAGGCGUGGAGAACGGGAGUGGAGGGCGAUCUGCUUGGAUUCCUCUUCGGAUCGGUGCGGGCCGAUCAUCGCCAACCAAUCGUGCAGGAGCUAACGGUCCCCCUUGCGCAGCUGGCCGACGAUCUCCCACUUGAGAUCGUCUCUCAAAGCGACAACAGCCCAGUCCCGCACGUCCUCCCACGCACAUUGACGCCAUACCUUCAAUGGUCGGCGUGUUUGGAGGCGCCCGGAAGCAGCCGCAACCCACCGUCGCAGCGCGGUUAUCUGGACCCGCACGAGAUAGUCGAUCUCGCCUUCUUUCAAGAUCGGACGACCUUCGGGAACGAAGAGGUAGAGAUUGAAGCGGAAGAGGAAAGCUCGGAAGAAGAAGAAGAAGCUGAAGAAGAGGCCGACGAGGAAGAAACUCCCGAAGAGGGGAGUUACAGUGAGCACAGCGAAGGGGAGCAAAGUGAGGAGGAGGAGGAAGAAGAACAAGACGACGAGGAGGAAGAAGAAGAAGACCAGGAGGAGCUAGAAGAAUCCGAGUGGGAGGGAUUUGAGGAGGAAGUGCGUGACGAGGCUCGGGCGCAGGCCCAGGCGCAGAAGAGGGAAGAGAUCGCGGUCGGGAAGCGACAGUUGGAAUUCGCCAGCGCCGCCGGACAGCCUCUCAACGACGAUCCGGACCGGGAUCCAGAGCCACCUAAGCCCGAGGAUAGGGACCCAGCUGCCGGGACUUCGGCCGCACCGGCAAGACGGCGACGAAGCCGAUCCCCCUCCCCCUCCGCCACCGACCGUCCACCAACUCGUCCACCUGUUGCUGCUGUUGGUGUGAUUGGUGUUGUUGGUGUUGUUUGUGUUGUGGGUGUUGUGGGUGUUAUGGGUGUUGUUGAUGUUGUUUAUAUUGUUGCUGCUGUUGUUGUUGUUGUGGUGGUGGACCUGGUGGUUGUUGCUGCUGUGCUUGUUGAGGUAGCAGCUGUUGUUGCUGUUGUAGUUGUAGUGGUAGUGGUAGUGGUUGAUGAGGCGGUGGUGCUGGUGGUGGUCGUUGUCAUAGUGGUGGUGGUUGAUGUGGCUGUCAUGGUGGUGGGGGUCGUUGUGGUUGUCGUGGUGGUGGUUGUGACGGUGGGACUCGAAGGUGGGGCUAUGGACAAGAAUAUCAUCGAGGUAAACGACGACUCAGACUUCGAGAAGGUCGUGGAAGAUGUGGUUCAUGGUGGAUUGGAAUGUGGCGGGGGCGUUGUGCGUUCUCCCCUUUCCAUCUGCAUGAGGUCGAUGGUAGAGAGUUUGUCGAGGGAGAGCGAUGUGGUGUCUAGUGGAUCGGAGAGGGUGUCGAGGUCGGGGGUGGAGAACUCGUCCGAGGAGGUGGCGGAUGAGGUGUCCUCGGAGGCGAUGUUGUGGAAGAAGCGAGGGCGGGGAGGGGCCGAUAUGGUGGAAACGGAUGUUUUGAUGUCGUCGAUGGAUGACUGGAGGGAUGCCAUCAUGCGAAGAAGUGCCGCGAAGUCGGGGGCGGCGGCGGGUGGUGGUGUUUGCUCGCCUGCAAGGUUGCGGGCGAUGCUGUCAACGGAGUCGGUGCGGAUGUCGGACAUGUCAAUGUUGGAUGAUUGGGCCAUGGUGGGGGAAGAAGCGGUGGUAGCGGCAGAUGAGGUGGAGGCGGCAGCAACAGUGGCGGCUGCACGUUGGGAUCGUACUGUCCAUGCUUUGCCUGAUUCCCAUCCAACGGUCCUGAGCAAGGAGGAGAGUGAAGGGGGAGCUUACCUUGCUAUGGUGAUCUGCAUCUUCAUCUACUUGGUUGGCGCUGCACUUGGAAGGCCCCGAGUGGCCGCCCGAAGAGUUCUGGCAAACGAUGGAAACUCUGGGCUGGUUGGACUACCAGGGUCCGACACUGAUAUCUACACUGAAAAGGUCAUCGGGGAAGGUUCUUCUGAGGAUCUGCAGAACAAUUCAGAUGUGGGAGACGUCUUUUGGGAGGAUGAAUCAGACAUCGGUGAAUCCACACUGAUGAGAGGGGAUGGCCAGGAUGACAGCGAUGCUGCCAGCGACCACCUGGCAGAUGAGGCUCUUGAAGAGAAGCUUAAAGCUACGGCGUCCGCUCCCGUCAACCAAGAAUGGUGGAAGCCGUUGAUCAGGGAGGGUGCAGUCGAUCUGACGGACGGUAUUCAGUCGUCGGCGGCGGCAAAUGUGUCGAAAAUGGUAUCUGCAUCCAAAACAGUCGAAGCAAUCUGGGUGACGGCAGCAGCAAGGAACACCACAUCUGCGCAAGCCUGCGCAGAUGCGAUGUCGUCUCUGUGGAAUACGACCUGGAUUUGCCAGGAGGGCGAUCAUCGGACAGAAUGCAGGAAUGAGAUGAACAAAGUAAUGGCAGAAACGAUGCUUGUUUGCGAUCAGAAUUUUAUGUUGGCCUCUCAAAUCCAAGAGCUGUUGAUGCAGAAUCUCAACCUUACAAAUCAGUUGCAGAUGAUGUCAUUCCUUAAUCAACAACUUGUGGAGCAGCUGAAGCAGCUUGCCAACGAAAAAAUUGGAAGACACGGUGUAAGUCCUUCAGACGUUAUCGGGAUCAGUGGAGGGAAUGACGACAUUGCUGCGGAAUUGAUGGGAGACGGUGGUAAAGUGAUAUUGAACAUCUCCAAACCGAUCCAGAGUUUAUCUAAACCUGAAUCAGCAGCCAAUGCUACUGAGAUGCCGCUAGAAGGGACCACAUCAGAGUCCCAGACAGUAGGAGUAGCAUCGGAACCUCAGACCCACAAAAAUGCAUCAGAGACCAAGACGGCAGAUUCAGAUGGAAACGUUGGGGAAGGAUCUCGCCAGAGUUCACCAGAGGAUUUGAUGAAUGCCUCCGGAAACGCUGUGGUGAAAGACGAGAGAAAACGUGGCCCAGGUAUUGCUGUGGUACUCUUAAGCACUGGUAUGCUGCUUCUCAUGGUCCUGCUUAUUGCUGCAGUUGUGUUGCUGAGGCGGCUCAGGGAUCGGCGAUACGACUCACUACCGCGGCGACCAGCCUUGCUGGGCAAUUACACUCCACAAAUCUCACCGCGAAACAACCUCUGAGUGUGCGGAGUCUGGGCCUCUCUGAUGGACAAGCUAUAAUUUUUCUGACUUGCCGUCUCUCUUUUGUGGGUACUAGGUAGCCCCUGACAUUAUUGAAUCCAUCAGGAUUUGAACUCCGAUCUGCUUAUCGACAGUUAGAUGUGUGUACCAUCCCGCCACAAGGGAGGCACACACGUCAGGUGCGGUCUUGGUCUAUCGCUACUGCCUGUUACUGAGUCGGCUCCGAGAUAGAGGCAUGAUUUGCUAGCUUCAGUGCACCCGGUCCAAAUGUGCGCCGGUGCAACAAACCUGGUCCUAAUGC